AUGUCUAAUAGUAGUGGAUAUUUGGUUGUAUAUGUGUAUCCCAAUUGCCUUAUGAAAAAUGGUGAUAAUGGGGUCGUUUUCGAGUGUGAGAAGCCCGUGUUGUUGCGUACACGGCGAGUUGCCUCGUUGUUGGAGUUGAAGAGUCUGAUAUUGAGGAAUGUCGAUGGUAGUGGGAGAAAAGAGGUCGGACGGGUAUGUGAUAGGCUGCUAGCAUCGAUGGGAAAUGGAGUUUUUCGGUUUCGUCUGUUUUGGCUGUAUGGCGACGAGCAUGUGCGGCUGAUGUUUGACAUCCAUGGGAGAAUCAUGGCCAAACAAGUGAUGGAGCUCUCCGCGGAGGUUGGUGAUGUAGGUGGUGAUGGAUUUGGGCAGUCGGACUUUGUACAGGAUGAUCCACCUUUUGCACCACCGCUGAUCCAUGUUGCUAGUCUGUUGGACUACAUGGACGUUGACGGCGAGGAAUUUGACGAGGAUUAUGUUGCGGAUAGUAACGACAGCGAUUCGUCAGAAGAUGAUGACGAGGAGUUCGUGCCGGAUACUCCAAUAGAGCCAUCACGUCGGUAUCUUUUGUCGGCCCCGCGCCCGAUUCUGGCGUUGUCGUUGGUGCCUAGUCAUUAUCAUACAUUGGACAUGGAUGCGAUACAAGAGAAAAAUCCAUUUUCCAACACGGGUGAAGACGAUUACAACUUAGACGAGGAGCUGGAGUUUAGCGUGGGCCACAUAUUAAAAAGCAGAGAUGCAGUACUGCAGGGAGUGAAGAAUUACAGCAUCCGUAGAAGUGCAGAGUACCGAGUACUAGAGUCGGAUCGAUUAAAGUACCAUGUGCGUUGCCAACAACACGAAUCAGGCUGCCCUUUGAGUCUCCGAGUCGCUCUCCGACAUAAUCUCGGAUAUUGGUAA